AUAGCUGCCGCUUUUCAGUCCCUUAGCAUUUGUUUAUCUUUGAUCUCUUUCUCUCUCUAGAUCUAUAGCUAAUACCUUUUGGUUUCUCUCUCUAAAACUAUGAGUCCUGUUUACUUGAAUCCACAAUCCUCUUCUCCUAUACCUUUCUUAGACAUGAAAGGUGAUCAACAACAUACCUUUCAAGUUUUUGGUUACUUACAUGAUGAUCAUCUUGGUAAUAGUAAUACUAAUACUAAUAAUUCCUCUUUUUCAUACCAUACCUACGAUGAAGUCUUGUCCUUAAAUUCUUCAAGUCACAAACAAGAGAAUAAGGUUGAAAAGCUAGUUUUGUCACAAGAGAUGAAAGCAAGUGAUCUAGGGCGACCAUGUUCAUCAUGGCUUCAAACAACACUUAGAGAUGAAAAUGGGUGUAAUACUUAUGCUUAUUCAAUCAAUCUUGAAGAAGAACAAAAAAAUGAAAGUGUAAACUAUGAUGAUCAAAAAUACUCUAGAAAAUGGAAGCCAUCAAAGGUAAGGAUAAUGCAGAAAAUGAUGGGAAAUUCUAAAAACUCACGAGAUCAAAAUAAUAGUAAUAAUAAGCAACAAAUAGUUGAUCAUGAUCAUCUUGCCAAACGCCAAACUAGUGAUGGGGUUAGAGUUUGCACCGAUUGUCACACUACUACUACCCCACUUUGGAGGAGUGGACCUCAAGGCCCUAAGUCUCUUUGCAAUGCUUGUGGGAUAAGACAAAGAAAAGCUAGAAGGGCAGCAAUGGCGGCAGCAGCAGCAGCAGGAUUUAGCAGUGAUACAAUGGUAACAUCCACACCACCGCCCGUCCAAUCUCCAAAACCUAAGCUUGAAACAAUGAUGAAAACCCAAAAAGCAAUAGAUAAUCUUGAUAAAAGCCAUACUUUACCCCUUAAGAAAAGAACCAAAAUCAUUAAUGCUAAUAAGAAUAAUUAUGCUCAUAAUUAUUCUUAUAAUAAUAAUAAUUCUAAAAAGAUUUGCUUUGAGGAUUUUGCAUUAAGCUCAAACAAGGAUUAUAUUAACCCUAAUCCUAAAAAAUCUUUCCCAAGAGAUGAAGAAGAAGGUGCUAUACUAUUAAUGGCACUUUCUUGUGGUUUAGCUUGCUCAUCUUACUAGUAAUGUAUUUGAGGGAGUGAUUAGUGCAUUUUAUUAAAAUUUAUUAUUAGUGUGUUUUAAUUAGUUUGCAUUGUUUUUAUUGAAUUUGAUCAAGGAAUAAUUAAAGUAAGUGUGAGAAUAGAAAAGGUAGACAUCUACCAAGUUAAGCUACUUAGGCAUAGGAGGAUAGUGAACAUGGGUUUUGUGCUUAUUAACUAAGUUGUGAGAUGAUCAAGAUAAAAUCUUGAUUUAGUAGUACAAGCUUUUUGUUCGUAAUAAUAAGAUUCAUAAGAGUAAAUUUUGUUAUACUAAAGCAUUAUCAUUAUUAUUUGUUACUCACCCUUUUGGGUUUGUCCUCUUUUUAAUGAAUACCAAGUUUAAUAUUCA